GACAGCUAACAGAAACAGAAACAGUAACACGUGUUUCAUGGUGUGUGAGGAUGUCAGCAGACUACAGCAGUAAUAAUGGUGUCAGGAGCUGAAUCAGGACCUCUGGGCUGGUUUGUCUUGUCUGCAGAGCUCGAAAUGGAAAGAAUGUACUGUUGGAGACGAUGAUGUGUCAGUCAAGGACCGGGACUUGGCUUGGAAGCAGCAAUGGCGUGAACACGACAACCUGAGGAUCCUCUGUGCUCCAACACUACACUUCUCAGUUAAUACCAAUAUGUGAGGGGUUAAGGGGGGAUGCCGAGCCCCUCCAUCCCGCCCCUCCAUCCCGCCCCUCUCCCCUCUCUCCUGCCUCCAUCAUCAGCGCUGCAGCUCAGCCACCAGAAGCGAGCCUUUCGGAGGGGGGUGUGGUCUGUUUCGCUGCAGAGGGAUGCUCCACAGCCCCACGCUGGACCAACCAGUCUGGAAAUCCCUGCUCACAGCUCUCCGACGCUCCGUCCUCUGACUCACUCAGCUCUUGCUUUUCCACAAUCCCAGUCGCGAACUGAACCUCAACAACCCGGGAUCAUGUCCUCCAACCUGCCCUCAGGGACCCCCGCCACCGCCACAACCACCGGGGCCAAGAACAAGCCCAUCUCCCCCUUCAGGAAGCGGGGCAGCCUGCAGUAUGCAGCCAGCACAGCUGAUCUCCGUGGUGCCCGCCACCUCCUCACUUCCCAGCAUUCCUUGCCUGGGAUCCCUGUGGCCUUGAAGCAAUCCAUUGACCUGCGUACAUCCAUGGACGGGAAGUACAAGGAGAUCGCUGAGGAGCUGUUCUCCCGCACUCUGGCGGAGAGCGAGAUGCGCAGCGCCCCCUAUGAAUUUCCCGAGGACAGCCCCAUCGAACAGCUGGAGGAGAGACGUCAUCGCCUCGAGCGACAGAUCAGCCAGGAUGUCAAGUUUGAACCCGACAUCCUCCUGCGAGCCAAACAGGAGUUCAUGAAGACUGACAGCGCCACAGAUCUCGAAUACAUGAAGGAGCAGAGCCAAUUUCCCGACCUCCAGGAGGGAGAGCUGGCUCCACCCAGAGAGUACCAGCGAGUCGCUAUUUCUGGAGAGGAGAAAUGUGGAGUUCCCUUCACAGAUCUGUUGGAUGCAGCUAAAUGUGUGGUGAAGGCUCUGUUCAUCAGACAGAAGUAUAUGGGCCUGUCGCUGCAGAGUUUCUGCAGGACCACCUCUCGCUACCUGCAGGAGCUGAGCGAGAGACCGCUGGACUUAGAUAUCUAUGAGGAGGAGAUCCCUGAGACUGCAGCCGCUGCAUAUGCCACAGGGCGCCCAACUGUUUCUGAAACGCACCCCUAUGAGAACCAGGACCCUGCCAGCAUGCCCCAUGACAUGGGUUACGGCUGCAAGAUGGUGGAUGGUGUCAUGCAUGUGUACACGACGAGGAACAUUAUGGAAAAGAGCACGGAGCUGGACCUGCCGUAUCCAGACCUGCAGGAGUACAUCGCUGAUAUGAACGUGAUGAUGGCCCUCAUUAUCAACGGACCAGUAAAGUCCUUCUGCUACCGUCGUCUGCAGUAUCUCAGCUCCAAGUUCCAGAUGCACAUCCUGCUGAACGAGAUGAAGGAGCUCGCAGCGCAGAAGAAAGUCCCACAUCGAGACUUUUACAAUAUCCGUAAGGUGGACACACACAUUCACGCUUCGUCCUGCAUGAACCAGAAGCACCUGCUGCGUUUUAUCAAAAGAGCCAUGAAGAAGUAUCCGAAAGAGAUCGUGCAUGUGGAGAGAGGGAUAGGUCAGACGCUCAUGGAGGUGUUUGAGACCAUGAACCUGACGGCCUUUGACCUGAGCGUGGACACCCUGGACAUGCACGCAGACCGCAACACUUUCCACCGCUUCGACAAGUUCAACGCCAAAUACAACCCCAUCGGCGAGUCCAUCCUGAGAGAGAUCUUCAUCAAAACAGACAACCACAUCGAGGGGAAAUACUUUGGUCACAUUAUUAAGGAGGUGAUGGCAGACCUGGAGGAGAGCAAGUACCAGAAUGUGGAGCUCCGGCUCUCCAUCUACGGACGCUGCAGAGACGAGUGGGACAAACUGGCCCAGUGGGCCGUCAAACAUCUGGUCUACUCCAGCAACGUGCGCUGGCUUGUGCAAGUGCCACGACUCUUUGACGUCUACCACACGAAGAAACAGCUGUGCAACUUCCAGGAGAUGCUGGAGAACAUCUUCAUGCCUCUGUUUGAGGUGACGAUCGACCCCCGCAGCCAUCCAGAGCUGCACCUCUUCCUCCAGCACGUUGUGGGUUUUGACAGUGUGGACGACGAGUCGAAACCAGAGCAACAUAUCUUCAACCUGGACAGUCCGUUGCCGGUCAACUGGACCGAGGAGGACAACCCGCCCUACUCCUACUACCUCUACUACAUGUAUACAAACAUGACCGUGCUGAAUCACCUGCGCAGGCAGCGGGGGUUUCCCACGCUCGUCCUCCGUCCUCAUUGUGGCGAGGCGGGGCCGAUCCAUCACCUGGUGUCUGGUUUCAUGCUGUCAGAGAACAUCUCCCAUGGGCUGCUGCUCAGGAAGGCUCCUGUGCUGCAGUAUCUGUACUACUUGGCCCAGAUCGGCAUCGCCAUGUCCCCCCUCAGCAAUAACAGCCUGUUCCUCAGCUACCAUCGUAACCCUCUGCCAGAGUACCUGUCCAGAGGCCUCAUGGUCUCUCUGUCCACAGACGACCCGCUGCAGUUUCACUUCACCAAGGAGCCCUUGAUGGAAGAGUACAGUAUUGCUGCUCAGGUGUGGAAGCUGAGCUCCUGCGACAUGUGUGAGCUGGCCAGAAACAGCGUGCUGAUGAGCGGAUUCUCUGAUAGGGUGAAGCGCUCCUGGCUCGGCCCACAUCACAUCAAGGAGGGGGAGAAGAGUAACGACAUCAGGCGCACCAACGUUCCCGACAUCCGCGUGGCGUACCGGUUCGAGACCAUGUGCGAGGAGCUGAAUCUAAUCACGCAGGCCAUCCGCACAGAUGAGCUGGAGACCAUCGAGGAGGAGGGGAGUCUGUGCAUGGGAGCUGUGCACGAAGAGAAGUGAACACACACGCAGCACAAACACAAAACACUCAUUACAUUCCCUGUUUUCAUAUCAGGACUUUGUACAGAUUACAUAUUAAACAUAUCACACCUGUGAAAAGCUUUGUUACAAGAAGAUUAUUGAGAGAGUUGCUACUGUGGCAGAGAGGACCUACAAUCUGUGUACCCCCUUUUAGUUUCUUGUGUCAUUCUUUUGGUGAUUUCACAAUGUCUCUUGAUGCAUUUUCUUUUUAAAUUAUUUGAUUUUCACGAUUUGCAACUACAUUUUUGUCAGAGUUUCUGUACAAAGUCUGUAUUUCCUUCACCGAGCAUUGAAUAAUAUUGACGUUCAAGAUUCAAUCCGUUACAACUUGGAUCCAACACUGACCGAUUAAAGUAAGAAGAAGAGCUGAUCCAAAUAUAGAGCCUCUAACUCCGUAUAGGGCCGUAGCUCCCACUGAGGACACUGAGGUCAUGCACUUUGUAAAAGAUGAAUACUACUGUUUAUUCACACAAAAAGAGUAUGUAGUGCAUAGUAUGUGAUUUCGGGCGAAGCCAUUAAUUAAGUGUUAAUAGUUUGAAACUCUCUAGUAGUUACGAAGGAUUCAGGAACAACUUUACAAACAGAAGCACAGCUGGUGCAACCUAAUCCAGAGUGAAUUUCCUUGAAAGUACCACCCCAUUUAAAUAAAACUUACUAACUGGAUGAAUAACUAAGAAAAAUACAAAUAAAAUAACUUUUUUUUGGUGUCGAAGGGUGAGGCGGACUACAACUGAUGACCUCUGUAUUUCUAAAAUCCUGGCUACGGCCCUGACUACGGCCCUGACUAAGGCCCUGAAUACAGCCCUGACUACGGCCCUGACUACGACCCUGACUACAGCCCUGACUUCGGCCCUGACUACUUACCAAUUCAUAAACUUUGGCAUCAAAAUUUGUUCAACUUGUGAUGCAAAAACCUCUCAAGAAUAUUCAUAAAUAAAUGCAUGAAUUGUUGUCUGUCUGGUUCUGUAGUGUAAUUAUCCACAGGACGACCUCAGGCUGUAUAACUAGCAGAAACAUCUCCGUCUAUCAUACCAUCAUAUUGCCCACAGCUGUUGUGUCAUAUUCUUGCUGUGUGUUUUCUUUACAGUUAUUCAGUAGAGUUGCAUGACGGCACGUCAACAUGUUUCUAAUGCUGCUCAGUUGUAGCAUCUUAUUAUAACUAACUCUUAUUUUGUGACCUUGUUUCAGUCUGAACAGUAACUCUGAUCUGAUACCAUCUGUCCUUUACACACACAGAUAUUUUAAUACUGUGAGUGCUGCAUGAGCCGUUCCUUCUGUUUUCACUCCAACCGGUGCCAAAUCCAGGAAUAAACACAUUUUUAGAGAAGUGAAAGUCAACAAACCCUUUUCAAACUCCUGCCUUCAGUUUAGGUCCUGAUGUUAUCUGUGAGGCUACGUGUCACUAUCCAAAAACCCACUAUGUGUCCCCAUCCCAGAGAAUUAUAUGUGCUGUUUGUGAAAUAUUAUUUAAUUGCAUUUGUGUCUAAUAAAAAUAAAUGUUGUUCACAUUGGA